UAGCUAGGGCUCGUACAUAUAAAUAUGGGCAUAUGUAGCUUUCAGGGGGACGGGGGUGUUUCUUUCCCUAGCUAGCUAGUUUUAACUUGUUGGAUCUUGGCUGUUCAUAAUUGUUCAUCAUUUUAAGCCUCUAAAGAUUGGGACUGUGUAAAAUACUAACAUCGAUCGAUCGGUCAUUGAUUUGCUUAAAACCUUGUUGAGAACUUGGACGAUCGAGAGAGAGAGAGAGAGCAUGGAGAGUAGGGCAAGAUUAGGGGGUCUGUGGGAGGUGGUGAAGGAGAUAUUUUGCCAGAAACUCCUUACUUAUUAUCUACCUUGUUCUUCCGUCCUACCCAACCAUCUGUCUGGUCUUUCCGUCAUCGUCACCGGCGCAACCAGCGGUAUCGGUCUUCAUACGGCAAGGGAACUAGCAAACGCGGGGGCCCACGUUAUCAUGGCUUGCAGGAACACCAAGGCUGCAAGCGACAUAGCACGUCAGUGGACGGUAGAGGCGCACUAUAGAAAAGUUCCUAAUGUUGAGGUCAUGGAGCUGGAUCUCCUCUCCCUUGCCUCCGUCCGGCGGUUUGCCGAAGUCUGGGAGCAACGGGCGGUGCCCUUGCAUAUUUUAAUCAACAACGCCGGAGUUCUACUGAUGGGAGAGCCACAGCAAUUUUCAGUGGAUGGGCUCGAGCAACAUAUGCAAGUGAACCAUGUAGCACCGGCGCUGUUGACUCUCCUUCUCUUACCCUCCCUACUCAAAGCUCCAUCUUCUCGAAUUGUUAAUGUUAAUUCUGUGGUUCAUCAUUGUGCAGUCAUGGAGCCCAAAAAUUGGAGGGGCAAGGUUAAAGAGCACAAUUUCAGCAGCAUGAAAGCAUAUGCAGCCAGCAAACUUGCACAUCUUAUGUUUCUCAAGAUAUUGGCUAACAGUCUCUUAGAACAGAAGAGAGCUUCCAUUCAAUGCAUUGCUGUACAUCCAGGAAUUGUCACCACCAAAUUGGUUCCUAGCUUCCAGAAGAAAUCAUUCUGGAUGUUUGACCCUGCUGAGGGAGCAAGGAGUGUCCUCUUCUGUGCAUCAAGCGAUCAGGUGGCUGACGACCUGGACAAUGGUUUUGCAUACUACUCAUGUAACUGCAAACCAGGAAGAGUAUCACCCCAUGUAGCUAAUAUGGAUUCAUGCUUGGAUGUCUGGAAGAAGACAUUGGAGAUUUUGCAAUUAGAUGAUAAUUAUCUCUCCCAAAUGAUCGCAAAUACUAACGAAAAACUGAAUAAAAAUGUAUAAUCAUCUGUCUAUAUUAAUUUCCAACGUCUGUUAUUUGUUCUCCAAUAUCUAUGGUUCCAAAACUUCAAAACCCUUUAAUAAAGGGGUAAUUACUUGUACCCCACCUGAGCAUUCAGUACUUACCAUCCCUUUGGUUUA